AAAAAGCAAACCUCAGUCUGUUCAGACGCUGUUCGGACAUAUAGAAGGAGUAAAAGCGAUUGCAUAUAUAAGAUAUCAGGAGGAAUAACCCCUUAUCAUCAAAUUACACACAAUGGGCGCCGUGCAGCCAGGAGCAGUUGUGACCGUUGAAAACACCUGGGUGCACUCGUCCCCCUACGCCCCCCUGCCCCCUUACGCGGUGAUCGGUGGCCACGACUCGGACCGCACGCCCAUCUACGUGGGUCGAUCCUUCCACGAGGGCGAGAACCUCCCGGCGAAGGUCAUUCCGAGCAAGGGCUGCGCCUACGUGGCCUACGGCGGUGCGGAGCACCAGAAGACCCACUACGAGGUGCUGGUGGGUCAGGGAUUCGCCUGGGUGCCCAGUGCCAGUGGCGGAGUGCCCCCCAAUGCGGUGCGCAGCGGGACGACGCGUACGGGUGAACCCCUCUACGUGGGACGCGGUCAUCAUGCGGGUAGCCUGACUGUGGGCAAGGUGCAUCCAUCACACGGCUGUCUGUACAUUCCCUUCGGUGGACAGGAGGUGCGCAUCAACACCUACGAGGUGCUCAUCAAGCAGGCGCACGACAUGUGGGUGGGUGCCUCGCCCAGUUACACGCCUCCGGGUGCCGUGAUCGCUGGCCACGAUUCCGAUCGGACGCCCAUCUACGCCGGACGGGCGAUGCACGAGGGUGAGAUGCUCCCGGCCAAAGUGGUUCCGAGCAAGGGCACGGCCUACGUUUGCUUCGGGGGAUACGAGUUCCAGAAGCACACCUACGAGGUGCUCACCGGAUGCGGAUACGUGUGGGUCCAGGCUGGACACCACAUUCCUCCGAAUGCUGUGACCACCGGACGUGCUCGAAACGGAGAGCCACUGUACUACGGACGAGGUCACUACCAGGGAAGCCUGACUCCGGGCCUGAUCUCGGCCAGCCAGCGAUGCCUCUUCAUCCCGUACGGAGGUCGGGAGAUCCGCAUCAACUCCUACGAGGUCCUCUGCAGGCAAUAGGUCCGCGGAAUACUAAUAAAUACCACUUAAGCAUUUAGCCCUGAUCAAACUGUAAUCGCAACCAAUAAACUGACUGUUAACACCCAA